AUGGGCUGUGGAGAUGCUGUACAGGCAAAGACUCCUGUCAGGCUCAUUAAUGGAGAUAACUCAUGUUCUGGACGAGUGGAGGUUUUCUAUAGUGGUCAGUGGGGAACAGUGUGUGGUGAUGGCUGGGAUCUGACAGACGCUGCAGUGCUGUGUAAAGAUCUGGGAUGUGGAGAUGUGAUUGAGGAAAAUGAUAAUUAUUUUGGCCAAGGAUCAGGGCCGGUGUGGCUAAGUGAUCUGCAGUGCUCUAGUACUGAUACAAGGCUGCGAGACUGUAAAUCAAGCGGAUGGAGCAGUAAUAGCUGCGGACAUGAGAAAGAUGCAGGAGUCAUCUGUCAGGAUAACGUUAGGCUGGUCAACGGCUUCAAUCCCUGUUCUGGACGAGUGGAGGUUCUUCUUAAUGGUCAGUGGGGAACAGUGUGUGAUGAUGGCUGGGACGUGGCGGAUGCUAAAGUGGUGUGUAAACGGCUGGGCUGCCCCUCCGUUCUGGAAAUAAAAAAAGCAGCUUAUUUUGGACAGGGCUCAGGGACAGUGUGGAUGAAUAAUGUGAGCUGUUUUGGGAACGAGUCUGCAUUGACGAGCUGUUCAUACACACGCAGUCCAACCAGCUGUGGUCAUGCGAAAGAUGCUGGAGUCAUCUGCGGAUAUUUUAAUAUCUUUUUGAGGAUUGAAGUAAAGGCUGCGGCUGGACUCACCCCAAACACUGCUGCAAUCAUGAAUAAACUUCCCGCUGAGUUUUGGGAAUUUCCUGUUCAUUUGUCAGGCUCGUUGACGACAGCAGCUCUUGUUCAGGAAGAGUGCAGGUUCUCCAUUCUGGCGAAUGGGGAGCAGUAUGUUAUGAUGGCUGGGAUUUGCUUGACGGAAAUGUUGUGUGUGGGCAAUUGGGUUGUGGGGAGGUGCAAGAGUUGA